AUGGCGACCAACGGCGCCACUGUCCCCCCACCCCCAGCAGGCCCUGGUCCUACACAAACCGGCAGCAAACCCGUCCAAAUCUCAGAAGUGCAGCAAUCAUCCUCAAGAGAAAACCGCACCGCAGCUCACUCACAUAUCCGUGGUCUGGGCCUCCGAUCAGAUGGUUAUGCCGACCCCAACGCUCAAGGUUUCGUCGGGCAGACCGCUGCGCGCGAGGCAUGCGGUGUUGUGGUGGAUUUGAUUCGCGCGAAGAAGAUGGCCGGCAAAGCCAUCCUUCUCGCGGGAGGCCCGGGAACGGGAAAGACUGCGCUCGCUUUGGCCGUCAGUCAGGAGUUGGGGACCAAAGUGCCGUUUUGUCCAAUGACAGGGAGUGAGGUGUACAGUGCAGAGGUCAAGAAGACAGAGGCUUUGAUGGAGAACUUCCGACGCGCCAUUGGGUUGAGGGUGCAGGAGAGGAAGGAGGUGUAUGAGGGAGAGGUGGUGGAAUUGACGCCGGAGGAGAGCGAGAAUCCGCUGGGAGCAUACGGACGCACAAUUUCACAUCUCAUGAUCACCCUGCGGAGUAGCAAGGGAACCAAGAAGCUCAGACUAGAUCCGAGCAUCUACGAGGCCAUUCAAAAAGAGAGGGUGCGAUUGGGAGAUGUCAUCUACAUUGAGGCGAACACGGGGGCAGUCAAGAGGGUCGGUCGUUCGGAUGCCUUUUCCACAGAGUUUGAUCUCGAAGCGGAAGAGUAUGUCCCCGUCCCCAAAGGAGAUGUGCACAAGAAGAAGGAUAUCGUGCAGGACGUCACCCUCCACGAUCUGGAUGUUGCCAAUGCAAGACCUCAAGGUGGACAGGACGUGAUGAGCAUGAUGGGCCAGCUUAUGAAGCCGCGCAAAACUGAAAUCACCGAGAAGCUGAGAGGGGAGAUCAACAAGGUCGUCAACAAGUAUAUUGACCAGGGAAUAGCAGAGUUGGUUCCCGGUGUGCUCUUCAUCGACGAGGUCAACAUGCUCGACCUGGAAUGCUUCACCUACCUCAAUCGCGCUCUGGAAUCCACAAUCUCACCCAUCGUCAUCCUCGCCUCAAACCGUGGUCAAACAACAGUCCGCGGCACGGCAAGCCUCCAAUCAAACGACCCCGGCCUCGUCUCCGCCCAUGGCAUCCCAUCAGACCUCCUCGCCCGUUUACUCAUCGUCCCAACUCAUCCAUACACCGCGACAGAAAUCCGCACCAUCAUCCAAACUCGUGCCAAACUCGAAUUCGCAUCACCGACAGCCCCUCAACUAGCGGAUAACCCUCAAGCACUCAAGGUUUCCGCCACACUUUCUCCGGAAGCUUUGGAGGAGUUGACGACACAAGGCGAGACGGUCUCUCUGAGAUAUGCCUUGCAACUUCUGGCGCCCGCUAGCAUUCUGGCGCGAGCGAGAGGCAGUGAAGGGAAUGUGGUUAGUGGGGAGGAUGUUGCGGAGGCUAAGAGUCUGUUUUGGGAUGCGGGGAGGAGUGCUGGGCAGUUGAGGGAGAGGGCGGGAGAAUUCAUCUCUUGA